AUGGCAACAGCAGCGACGAAGGCUCUGCGCGUCGCGCUGCGUGGCGGCGGCAUUCUAAGCCAUCCGCGCUUUAACAAGGGCACCGCGUUUCCUGCCGCCGAACGCAAGGCGUUCGGUUUGACGGGGCGUCUCCCGUACCGGGUCAACACUCUCGAAGAGCAGUGUCAUCGCGCGUACGACCAGCUCUGCACCCGCGACACCCCCAUCCGGAAGAACACCUUCCUGCAGAGCUUGAAGGACCAGAAUUGGGUCUUGUACUAUGCGCUCCUCAGCAGGCAUCUGAAAGAGCUCAUCCCGAUUAUCUAUACACCGACUCAAGCGGAUGCAAUCGCCAACUAUUCUCAUCUUUUCCGACGUAGCGAAGGGAUGUACCUCACAUUCCCGAACCAAGAUAGUAUGGAAGGAGACUUUCUCGAAUUGACCAAAGGUCGUGAUAUUCAACUGUUCGUUAUCUCGGAUGCCGAAGCUAUUCUGGGUAUUGGAGAUCAGGGUGUUGGGGGUAUUGGGAUUGCUACUGCGAAAUCAGCCAUUUAUACACUACUUGCUGGGAUCGAUCCAUCGAAAGCCAUCAGUGUCACUCUGGAUCUAGGUACGGAUAAUGACGACUUAUUGAAUGACGAUCUCUACGUUGGUUGGCAGAACAACCGUGUCCGUGGUCUGGCGUAUGACAAGUUUGUUGACAAAUUCAUGCAACUCGUUCGCAAAUAUUAUCCGCACAGUCUGGUGCACUUCGAGGACUUUGGCGUUAGCAACGCAAAACGACUUUUGGACAAGUACCGCGACCAGCAUGCUGUUUUCAACGACGACGUACAAGGCACCGGCGCAGUCACUCUGGCAGCGAUGAUGUCGGCCGUCGGCGUGACCAAGUCCAGACUUGCAGACCAGCGAUUUGUCGUCUACGGAGCGGGCACUGCGGGGCUUGGCAUCACGCGCCAGCUACGCGACGGCAUCGUUACAAUCGACAAGCUCUCUGAGGCAGACGCGAACAAGCGCUUUUUCCUCAUGGACCGCUACGGCCUCAUCAAGGAGUCGCUCGGUUCCAACAAGAUCCGCGACGAGGUGCGCGACUUUGUGCGCCCCGAUGCGGAGUGGGUAGGCGUGCCUACGAAUGCUCAAGGCGAGGUUGAGCUACUGGAGGUCGUCAAGAAGGUCAAGCCGACGGUGCUCAUUGGCUGCUCGACUCGCGGCGGCGCGUUCACAGAGCAGGUUGUGAAGGAGAUGGCGAAAGGCACAGAACGCCCUAUCAUCCUGCCGCUUUCGAACCCGAGCAGGCUGGCCGAAGUCAACCCCUCGGAUGCCAACGACUGGACUGAGGGCAAGGCGCUCAUGGCCUCCGGGAGCCCCUUCCCUCCGUGUAAGAAUCCGAAAGGCGGCAAGGACUACAUCAUCGCGGAAUGCAACAAUGCGUUGAUCUAUCCAGGAUUGGGCUACGGCGCUCUGAUCACACAAGCGCGCUCUCUCACCGACACCAUGAUCAUUGCUGGCGCACAACGCCUUGCAUUGCUGUCUCCGGCCUUGAAGGAUCCUGACAAUGCACUGCUCCCUGACUUCACCGAUGCACGAGAAGUUAACUUCGAGGUGGCUGUGGCCGUCGUGGAGCAAGCUAUCGACGAAGGCAGUGCAAAUGUGACCUGGAAGAAGGAAGAUGUGCGCGAGAAGAUACACGCGGAUAUGUGGCUUCCGGUUUACCCGGAGUUCAUUUACGACGAGGCCGGGGAGCGUUGA